AUGGCCGAUCCUGACGAGUUUUACGAGGGUACUGAAGGUGAUUUUGACGAUGAGUUUACAACUGACCGUGACAAAGCGUACAACGAGUACGAGGAUCCCAACAUGUGUUUCGAUGUUCCUCAAGACACACCAACAACUUCUGAGGAUCAGAGUCAACAUUUCAAUGUAGGUGUUGAGUUUGAAACUGGGAAAGAAUUAGUGGAAUGGGCAAAAAAAAUGGGUGCUACUCAUGGUUAUCGAUUGAUAGUAACUUCAAGCAAGAAAAACGUCAAAAGUUCAAACGAUGGACUAUGGCGAAUGAAUUUAAAAAGUGGCAUUCACACUCACCCGAUACUACCGUAUCCUACCGGACAAGGACCGGAUAGUCGUUUGACACCAGAAGAAUACGAGGUAGUGAAGUUACUUAGAAGGAGUCACGUGAAGCCGGCAUUAAUUAUGGAUCGAUUGAGAAAGGAUAAUCCACAGACAUCAACGAGCGUGAAACAUGUCUACAACCAACUUGAGAAGAUGAAAAAAGAGAAUAUGGCGGGGAAGACUGUGAUACAACACGUGAUGUCGAACCUUCAAGAUUCUGGAUAUGAAUAUUGGUAUCGAAGUAAUGAAGGUGAUGAUACACUUACUGAUUUGAUGUUCGCUGCUCCUAUUUCGUUGAAACUUUUGCGGUUAUUCUCUCACGUUAUAUUGAUGGACUGCACUUACAAAACCAAUAGGUAUGAGAUGCCACUUUUGGAAAUAAUUGGAAUCACUCCUGUUGGUAAGAAUUUUACAAUUGUUGUUGCUUUCAUGUCACAUGAAGAUGCAAACACAUACGAAUGGGCUUUGCGUUGUUUGAAAUGUGCUUUAGGGGGGCUGAAACGUGGAAAAAAAUGCAUCGAGAUUUAUUGGUAG